GAGCGAGAGGAAGAGCCUACUGGAGGGAAGAGAUGGAGAUUAGGAGGGUGGCUGGUGGUAGUGGGAAAGGAAGGAGCGGGGGACAGGUGGCCCGGCUGUGACAGCCACUUCGACGAGGGUACAGUAGUGAGAGAGGCGUGCUGAGGGAGAAGGCACGCAGCCAGGAGGUGGGUAGUCGACGGCUGGCGGUAAUGCACGUGACAGCAGCCAUGGCAGCCGAUGCAGGUGCAGCGCCUGGUCGAUGGAUUUUGAGGACAGGGAAGGAGAGGGACAAAGUGGAUGAUGAAGAUGCAGCUUUCAAGAGAAUGGUCGCAAAGAUGCAAGAGGUGGCAGGGGAAAGGGCUGGAUACCUUCAUGGUCGAGGAGCACUGGACGGCGACGAUUUGCUGUAUCUUACGGAGCAGAUGGAGGCAGAGGAAGACCUGGAGCAAAUGCGAAAACGGACAGAAAAACGGGCAUUUGCAGCAUUUAGGGCAGCUGCCACGAUUGCUGAUUCCACUGCUCUUGCACCUGCUCCUUCAAUAAGAAUCGAGGCCAAGGCAAAGAGCGCCAUCAGGCAGUCGACGCUGCUGAAACACAUGAUCGAAGUCAAACCGAAGAAGGCACGGCACAUGGAGCCACCACACACUGAUGUUUCACUGUGUGAUCGAACUGGGGAUGAGGACUUGCCAGCACAGAUGUCAGGUACAGCAGCUCUGACAGGCGAGACUCUGACGAAAUUGGAUUCUUCAGUGGCAGAUGGGAGUCCGUCUGCUCAUGUAGACAAGAAGGGGGAAAUGGCUAUCGCCACGGGAGCUAAUGGCCGCUGUGGCGCUGCAGCAGAGUCACAUGCUGGUCCUGUUGAUCAGACAGCUGCUAGAGCUGACACGCAGUGUGAUGGAGUUGCUGCCGAUGGAAGCCAAGCAAGUGGGAGAGAAACACUUGGUAAGCCGGAGGAGAGAACUUGUGUAGGCCUUUUAGGCUUAGCAUAUGAUGAUGAUGAUGAUGAUAACGAUGAUGAUGACGAUAAUGAUGACGAUGAUGAUGACGAUGAUGAUGACCACGAAGAGCAGGAGCAGAGUCAAGGUAAUGACACUCUGGGUAAGACAAUUGAUGAUGGUGGCACAGGUGGAUAGAGGUUGGGGGAGGAGGGCUGGGAGGGAGAGAGGGGAGGAAUGGGUAGAUGGGGGGUUGGGAGGGAGAGAGAGAGAGAGAGAGAGAGAGAGAGAGAGAGAGAGAGAGAGAGAGAGAGAGAGAGAGAGAGAGAGGUUAGUGCAGGGUGUGUGCAGCUAGUAAAGUGGGUGUACAUAGUUGAUAGCAUGGGAAAUUGCUUGAAUUUAGUUCAGACUGUGUGCCAACACUGGCAAGUAAUUUGAGGGUGGUUUGUGUUCAUUUGUUGAUUAAUGAUAUAGCCUGCUGGCCAGGAAGGUGAUCUUCCUGCUGUGCACUGAGUUUCCUGUGAACUGCUUUUUGUUGCGGCCAUCGAUUGCUGUUCAAUAAAUGGUAUUACAUGCA